AUGGGCGUCCUCGUCCCAUUUCUGCAACUGCUGGUGCUGCUCCUGACACUUCCGCUGCACCUGCUGGCUCUGGUGGGCUUCUGGCAGCCCGUGUGCAAAACCUAUUUCCCCUACUUGAUGGCCAAGUUAACAGAAAGGGCCAACAAGAAGAUGGAAAGCAAGAAACGGGAACUAUUUAGCCAGAUAAAAGAUCUUAAGGGGACCUCAGGGAAAGUGGCCCUGUUGGAGCUGGGCUGUGGCACUGGUGCCAACUUCCAGUUCUACCCACCUAACUGCAGGGUCACCUGCGUGGACCCAAACCCCAACUUUGAGAAGUUCCUGACAAAGAGCAUGGCUGAGAACAAGCACCUCCAGUACGAGCGCUUCAUCGUGGCUUAUGGAGAGGACAUGAGACAGCUAGCUGACAGCUCCAUGGACGUGGUGGUCUGCACCCUGGUGCUGUGUUCUGUGCGGAGCCCAAAAAAGGUCCUGCAGGAAAUCCAGAGAGUCCUGAAGCCGGGAGGACUGCUGUUCUUCUGGGAGCACGUGGCUGAGCCUCGGGGAAGCUGGGCCUUCCUAUGGCAGCAAGUUUUUGAGCCUACCUGGAAACACAUUGGAGAUGGCUGCCACCUCACCAGAGAGACCUGGAAGGACCUUGAGAAGGCACGGUUCUCUGACGUCCAAAUGGAACGGCAGUCCCCUCCCUUCAAGUGGCUACCUAUUGGGCCCCACAUCAUGGGAAAAGCUGUGAAAUAACCCUCCAAAAGGAGGCUCCCCGCCUGUAAUCAGAAGACACCCUAGUCAGGUAAAGAAUGAGAAUGUCCUCAGCACCGCUGCUACUGUGCCACACUUCCUCAACAUAACGACGGUUUUGGUUUUGGUUUUUCAAGACAGGGUUUCUCUGUAUUGCUUUGGAGCCUGUCCUGGAAUUCACUCUAUAGACCAGGCUGGCCUUGAACUCACAGAGAUCCACCUA